UCGUGGUUUCCGUCUUCCUCAUCAUUUUCUAUUUCUCUCACAAACUCAUUCGCUUUCUCUCUCUAAAAAAAAUCCCUAAAACCAGAUCUCACUUUCUCUCUCUAGAAUUCAACGAUGGCGGCCGCUCAUUCUCCUCGGGAAGAGAACGUCUACAUGGCAAAGCUCGCCGAACAAGCCGAACGCUACGAAGAAAUGGUGGAGUUCAUGGAAAAAGUCUCCGCCAACGCCGAUAACGAAGAACUCACCGUUGAAGAGAGGAACCUUCUCUCUGUAGCCUACAAGAAUGUCAUCGGAGCAAGACGUGCUUCGUGGCGUAUCAUUUCCUCGAUCGAACAGAAAGAGGAGAGCCGCGGCAACGAGGAUCAUGUCUCCGUCAUCCGUGACUACCGAUCUAAGAUCGAAUCAGAGCUUUCUAACAUCUGUGACGGUAUUCUCAAGCUUCUUGAUUCUCGUCUCAUUCCUUCCGCUGCUUCCGGUGAUUCCAAGGUUUUCUACCUUAAGAUGAAGGGAGACUAUCACAGGUAUCUUGCUGAGUUCAAGACUGGUGCCGAGCGUAAGGAGGCUGCUGAGAGCACUCUCGCCGCUUACAAAUCUGCUCAGGACAUUGCAAAUGCUGAAUUGCCACCAACUCAUCCAAUUAGGCUGGGUCUUGCUCUGAAUUUCUCUGUGUUUUACUACGAGAUUCUUAACUCUCCUGAUCGUGCCUGCAAUCUUGCUAAACAGGCUUUUGAUGAAGCAAUUGCUGAGUUGGAUACCCUUGGCGAGGAAUCAUACAAGGAUAGCACUUUGAUCAUGCAACUUCUUCGUGAUAACCUCACCCUAUGGACAUCUGACAUGCAGGACGAUGGAGCCGAUGAAAUUAAAGAAGCAGCACCUAAACCUGAUGAACAGCAGUAAACAAAUUUUACUGCCAAUUAGAAUCAAAACUUCUCCUCUAUAUGUUAAUGAAUGAAGGAAGAAGGUUCUUGUUGCUAAUCUCUUUGGGUGCUGAGAUUUUAGGAAUUCAUGUCUGUUAUGAGUUCUGGAUGUCCUGGGCUGUUUUAGUUUGUCCUUCCAUUUUUAAGUGUUUUACAAAUUAUUGCCUAUUUUCUUGAGGACACUUAAGUUUUAUUAUAUGGAAUUGAAAAUUUAAGAUUCUCUUCUUUCUAGUAAAACUUGAUCUCGCCAAAUUUGGUGACGAUAUUAGUUUUUGUAUGGGUCAUGAAGUCGUAGUAGGGCGUCAGUGAUUAUCACUUGUUAUAAUCGAGGGAACUCUUGGUAGUUUUUAUAUUUGAGGCAUUCACGUUGUUUUCUAAAUUGUUGGUUCUUCAACUCUGUUUUCAAAGACAUUUUUAGGCUUUAAUUCAUUUUAUUUCAUUUUGAUA